AAUUUUUAUUACCAUAUUUUUCGCUCCAUAAGACGCACCUGCCCAUAAGAGGCGCCUAGGUUUUAGAGGAGAAAAACAAGAAAACAAAUAUUCUGAACCAAUGGACUGCAGACACAGUACAGGAGAUGACCAGAGACUGCACACACAGUACAGGAGAUGACCAGAGACUGCGGACACAGUAAAGGAGAAGGACCAGAGACUGUGGACAUAGUACAGGAGAUGACCAGAGACUGCGGACACAGUACAGGAGAUGGACCAGAGACUGCGGACAUAGUACAG